AUGUUAUUCGCUGCGUGUUCAUCGUCCUUGGAGCAAAUGCGACUUGAAGGAGGCCUCGAUGGGAUCCCACAUUACCGUUUCGACAACCUGUCAUAUUUACAACUCUUCAAUGUCCGGGCAUAUGUAACAGAGUUCCUUGAACUACUGUCCAAUUGUCCAAACCUGACCGAUUUGCAGUUGUUCCAUCCCAAAAUAUGUGAAGGCGGUGCAAAUGACGAUUACAUCUUUUCGUUGCCCAAUCUGCGCAGGUUACGCAUCGAAAUCCAUCCGUCGGUUCUUGCUGCCUCCUUAAUCUCAAAAAUCCCCCUCAGCACCAGUGUAGCGACACAGAUUUAUGCCAUCAUGGAUGAUGUGCCGCAGGAAUUCUUGGAAGCAAUUUCCCAACUUCCGAUCAUGCAGGCAACAGCCACAGUGGCGAUCAGUUCGAAAGUCAUCAUCGCAGUCACUGAUGUCUCCGGUAUUCGUGGCCCCUGUAGCCUCAUGCAGGCGCUACCUAUGCAGCAGAUCCGCGAGCUAUGGGUAUAUGGGCCAGAGAAUCACUCACGCGUCGAUCAUUGCCCUACAUUACUUCCAUUUCUGGUGAAACUAGAAGUUCUGGUCCUCUGUGACACUCUUCAACUGGAUCAAGUAUUGGAUGCCCUGGCACCUCCCGGCAACAUCAAAAGCCGUCCUGUUUGCCCCAAAUUGCACACUGUCCGCAUCAUCAUGACGAAGAACCCAUGGACCGCCCCUUCAGUCUUCCAGCGUGUGGCAGAACGCCAGCCGCAAUUGCAAUUGUCGCGAUUUUCAUGUCAUUGGAUACCAACAUACUCCGAUUUUUUCCGUACCUCGUAUGAAUCUGAAUAUGGCCAUCUUUUCCCGACGACAGAGCUCGACGUGAAGCUGUUGGAUCACGACGGUCUCGCUCGUAUGAAAGUACCCGAUGCCUGUUUAGCUGAUGAAGACAAUAAUUGGCCCUCCAUGUUGAGAGGUCCAACGCACACCCUACUAUGA